AUGGAAGAACUUGAAGACGACAAAGAACUACAUGAUAUUACAAACAAUGUUCUUAAAAGAGGAGUAACUGGAGUAUUCGAUAUAGACGAAUUAGUAGAAGUUAUUAGACUAAAUAAGGGACAAGAUUUGUGUGUUAUAGCAGUACCAAAAUCAUUUAAAUAUAUAGAUUACAUGUGCUCUGUUACAUGCAGAAAUACAAAACAUAUGUUAGGUAUUGCGGAGUUUAUUAGAAAGAUUUAUAAAAAGAAAAGAUCCAAGGAUGAUCCAAUACCAAAGAUCGAGGGAGCUAAUUCUAAAGAAUGGAUUGCUCUGGAUUUAGGAAAUAUAGCUGUUCAUUUAUUUUUGAAGAAAGUACGACAGAAAUAUGAUAUUGAUAUGCUGUGGUCUGUUGGCCCUGAAUAUGAUACAGAAACGAACAAGCCUGAAGAAACAAUUACUGAGUUAUUACAAAGCCAUUCAGAAUUUUUAGAUAAAUUGAUACCUAAAGGACAAUAA